AUGGACAAGUCGUGGAUAGACCUAGCAAAUAGGCAUUCAAGCAUAUAUUAUGAUGGGAUAGAUAAAUUCUUGACAUUUGCAUACAACAAUAGGGAUUUGGGUUCAAGGAUUUACUGCCCUUGUAAAAAAUGCGAAAAUAGGUAUAUGUAUGUAAGACUAGUUGUGCGGCAGCAUCUUCAAGAUUAUGGUUUCUGGAAGAAAUAUAGGAAAUGGCAGAAGCAUGGUGAGGUUGCAGAUUUUGUUGAUAUGGUGGAUGGAUAUCAGAAUGAGUCUUCUUAUAUGGAGGAUGAUAUGGUUAGACUUGUCCAAGAAGCUUUAGGAGUUCCUAUUAUAGAUGCACAUGAUGAGCAUAAUGGGGAAAACUCAACAGAACCAUCUUUAGGGCCAAAUGAGCCGACUAAGGCGUUCUUAAAGCUCCUAGAAGUUGCAAACCUUCCCUUGUAUCCUGGUUCUAAGAAACAUACAGCCUUAUCAUUUAUAGUUUGGCUUCUACAAGCAAAGGUUCUUCAUGGGUGGUCAGAUAACUCUUUAAAAACCUUAUUGGAGAUAUUAGAGGAAGCAAUGCCGGAAGGUGUGCAACUGCCCAAGUCAUAUUAUGAGGCUCAAAAGAUAGUGGAAGAUCUCGGGUUCACAUACAUGACAAUAGAUGUGUGCCCUAAUAGUUGUAUGUUUUUUAGAGGUGAUGAUAUAAGCUUGAAUGAAUGUAGUGUGUGCAAUGCAUCACGAUGGAAAGAGGGCAGUGGUGGUAUGUCAAAUGAUGGUGUAGAACAUGUGAAACCAAAAGCAGCCAAACAAGCAAGAUAUUUUCCUUUAAAACCAAGAUUACAAAGGCUGUUUAUGUGUUCAAAAACAGCAAAGCUAAUGAGAUGGCAUGCAGAGGAAAGAACUGAUGAUGGAGUGUUUAGACAUCCUGCAGAUUCUCUUGCAUGGAAAGAUUUUGAUGAGAAAAACACAUUCUUUUCUGGAGACAUUCGAAAUGUAAGGCUUGGGUUAGCAUCAAAUGGACUCAACCCAUUCAGGUCUAUAAAUAUAGUUCAUAGUACAUGGCCUGUCAUCUUGGUUCCCUACAAUUUACCACCACUGAUGUGCAUGAAGCAGCCCUUCAUAUUUCUAUCUGUUCUUAUUGAUGGUCCUAAGGCACCUGGCGAUAAAAUUGAUGUCUACCUGCAGCCGCUUAUUGAAGAGCUGAAAGAGUUGUUUGAAGAUGGUGUAGCAACAUUUGAUUCAUUCAGCAAUGAAAUGUUUCAAAUGCGUGCUGGGUUGUUAUGGACGAUCAACGACUUUCCUGCCUAUGACAACUUGUCGGGGUGGAGUACAAAAGGUGAAUAUGCCUGCCCCCCAUGCAACUCUGAAACUGGUUACCAACGGCUGUAUUUUGGUAAAAAGGGUUCAUACAUGUGUAUUAGGCGCUGGCUAGAAGAUGAUUACGAGUACAGAUCAGAUCCAAUGGCAUUUGAUGGGAGUACAGAAUAUAGGUUGGAGCCGAGGUCAUUAUCUGGUGUUGAGCUUCUUGCACAACUGGAAUCAGAUGGUGUUCUUACAUAA